AUGACAGACAAAUCAUAUCCCAUCCCAGGGGACGACUUUUCUCGCUACGGCGGCGCCACCUCCCAUCUUCCCAAGUUAGAAACAAACGACCUUCAACAUGCAGGACCGCCUCCACCUCCCGGGACUGCCCAUAAUCCUCCGCCGCCACCGCCGGAUGCACCAUGGUAUGACCCGCGCGGGUGGUCGCUGCGGACCAAACUGAUCGCGGGGGCUGUGGCGGUCGUGGUCAUCGUGGCCGUCAUCGUAGGGGCGGUGGAAGGGACCAAAGCAAACCGAUACCCGGACUACACGCAGCUGAAUUACAAGCUGGUCGAUACGUAUUCGGGGACGUCGUUUCUGGACCGCUUCAAUUACUACUCGGAUGAGGAUCCGACAAACGGAUUCGUUCAAUACGUCGAUCAAACGGCUGCUAAUGCGUUGAACCUGACGCAUGCUACGGAUUCCUCCGUCGUGCUGAAAGUCGACACGUCAAAUGAAUUUGCGGCUAACGGCCGGCAGUCUGUGCGACUGGAAUCGAAGACCACCUAUGACAGCGGCCUGUUUGUCUUUGACAUUCUCCAUACGCCGUAUGGAUGUGGUACGUGGCCGGCACUGUGGUUGACCGAUCCCCUCAAUUGGCCGACAAACGGCGAGAUCGACGUCAUGGAGACGGAGAACACGGCGACCGAAGGCAACGCUGUAACCCUGCACACUACCAGCGGUUGCAACAUGAAAGUUAAACGGAAGCAGACCGGGAGCGUGGCGUAUACUUCCUGCGACAAUAGCACGAAUGGGAAUGCGGGGUGCGGCGUCCAGGGUGAGCCAGAGACAUCGGGCCAGGCAUUCAACGAGAACGGGGGAGGAAUAUACGCCCUAGAACUUCGCGACGCAGGCAUCCGCGCCUGGUUCUUCACCCGGGACACGAUCCCCGAGGACAUCUCCAACUCCAGCGGCAGCCCAGACCCCUCGACCUGGGGCACCGCGCUCGCCGACUUCCCCAACACGGACUGCGACAUAACCUCGCACUUCCGCAAUCAGAGCAUCGUGGCGAAUAUCGCCCUCUGCGGGGAUCUGGCCGCCCAGCCGCAGUUCUACACAGAGCAGUCUCAUUGCCCGGGAACGUGCAGUGAUUUCGUGGCGCAUAAUCCGGCGAACUUUACGCAGGCGUAUUGGGAGUUUCGGGAUUUCAAGGUUUAUCAGGCUCAGUAG